AUGUUUAAUAUUUCUGUAAAAUUUUAACUACAAGUCUUUCUAAUAAUUAAUUAAAUUAUAAUCUUUAAUGAAACUAUUGCUUUGUUUUUCUUAUUAGAGUACUCAGAUUUUGCUCCUUUACCAGCUGCUGAUGCAAAUGCAAAAUUUUCUGAAAAUGAUCUUUAUGCUUUAAGAGAAGCAUCUAUUAUUAGGGGGAAUUACAAAGAUGUAGCUUCUCAAUAUAAUGGAGCACUAUUAUCUACAGCAAGAGUCAAUACCUUUUGGACGCCAGGUAUUGAAAAUAGUCCUUUAAGAAACCUACUCUACUACUACCCCACAGGCCCAGGUCGUCUUUAAGGGCAUGUCGUUGCUUGGCUUGGUCAAUCAAUAAUAGUCCAAUUUUUAUAAGCAUAUUAAAUCAAUACUGUAAGGUUUUGGAUGUGGGAUGAAGAUAAUAGAGAAACAGACAUGCAAGUAUUCGCAAUAGCAGCUGAUAGGAAGACUGAAAACGUUAUUUUUGAUGAUAUUAGAACCAAGUCUAAUGUAAAUGUUGUAAAGAUUUCGGAUUAAUUGGUAUCAGGCUUAAGAUUUUACAGUAGAGGAGGGAAUAAUUUAGACCAUUCAGGUACUUCGAUCAUCAAAAUAUAAGCCUUCUAUGCCUUUUGA